AGCAUAAGCUGUCACUGGUCCUUAUAAACCCAACAACAACAACACCAGCCAUGUUUACGUCGCUUCAAGUCUGACUGAUCCAAUUCACUUACAACUCACAAAUUUCAUGUGGCAGCAGUACAAAAGAUCGAGGUACAUCACACAACUUUGGUAAUAAUGGAAGAUCAGGAGAUGCACAACACAAUGGAAACAGAUAAUUAUGUGUGUGGAGAAUGUUUCCAGCUCUUUCCCUCCAUGGAGUACUUCAAUUAUCAUCAUUGUACUCCACUGAAAGAUAGCACGUGUUGUGGACAUAAUGAACUCAGCUAUAUUGAGGAAUCUUUAACAUCCUUAGAUGAAAAAGAUUAUGGAGGCACAGAGACAGAGGCUGCUGUGGAGAAGGCAGUUGCAUCAAUUCUAGAAGAAAAAAAUAGACAGCUGGGACCUGAGAGAAAUUCAUCCUCAUUGACAUUUAAUGAGUCCACCAUAGAACUUAACCAUGUUCAGCAAAGCACUACAUCUGUAAGUUAUGCACAUGUGGAAAAUAGUAUGGGUGUGCCUGGACCAUAUCAGCCCAUGGAAAAUACAAGGAACAUUGUGCAGUUUGAAAGAAGCCAAAUAGAUUCAUGUCCUGUUGAAUAUGUAGAGCAAUCUAUUGAACACUUGAGUAUUGUUGAUCACCAAGAAGGACCUGUUGUGGAGCAUAUUGUGGAAAAUGUAGAACCCACUCUGCAAGACAUUGAACAAAUGCAUAUUGGGCCUGCAAACAUAAGUAUAAUGGAAAGUGUAGAAAUUCCCUCAUCUAAUGUUUACAUCUAUGACAAUCCUGUGUAUCUAAAUCGCCUAAUGAAAGACAACACUUGUGGCAAACGAAUGAGGUAUGAUGCACCAUACAUCCACCGACUAGGACCCUGGGAUGACAAGUCUAGCCGACAACUAAUCAGUCUUGUGAAAGAAUACCCGGAGGCAUAUUUUAUCUGGGGUAAAAACUGCAAAAGAACAGAAGCCUGGGAACUAAUACGAUACAAACUUGGUAAAGCUGGUUAUCACUUUACGGUUCUUCAGAUUCGCAUGCGAUGGAGAGAACUUUGCAAGAGGUAUCGCAAUGUUGUCAACCAUAAUGACUUGCAUAAUACAAGACGAACCUGCCAAUAUUUUGAUGAUUUAAACAGCCUAUUUGGAAUUUGGGAUUCUCAAGCCACAUUGCUCCUAAUUAAAGAAAUUGGAGCAAAUCCUGCUAAACGUCUUGGGCAGAGUGGAGGCACUCGAAUGAGGUAUAAAGUGUGGAAGCAAGUUCAGGAAGCACUGUCACAGCAUGGAUAUGAGUACACGGCACAUCAAGUUCAUGGCCGGUGGACUGCACUGGUGACAUUAUAUCAGAGGAUGGCAGAGCACAACUCCAAUCAUGGCAAUGAAUUGUUAACUGUUGCCUAUCAAGAUGCCAUAGAGACUGUAUUUAAAUAUGUCCCUGAAAGGAAAACUAAGUUGGCUAAAAUUCGUGAAAAACAGGGACAGUCGUGUAAGGAAUUUCAAAAAAAGUGGACGGUACCUGUUGAACGAAUCUUACUUAGAGGUUACAAAGACAACAUUGAACUUUUUAUGAAAAAUGAGAAUAAAAAGGAAGUUUGGGAAAAGAUUGUAAUGUUGCUGAAGGAGGAAGGAAAUUACCAUACAAAUGUAGAGAAAGUCAGAACAAGAAUCUAUGAGUUAUUUAAGCAAUAUGAAGCAGUGCUGCGUCAUAAUUCUCAGCCCGGUACACUUUACAGAGAGUCCAGACACCAUCAGAUCUUGGCAGAUAUCUACAGCUGUCAUAAUUGCUGGCCCCAUGAUGGUUCUACUAUGAAGUCAGACAACUCCAGCUCAUUGAGAAUGAGGCAAAUGAAAGCUCAAAUGUUGUGGAGUGAUGAAGAGUCUCGGGCUGUUCUCUCACUCUAUCCUCAAGUGUUAUUUGAACACCUAAGGAAAGGUGACCAACUACCUCUGGAAGAGUUAUGGGUCCAGCUUGCCAAAGAUCUUGUCUCUACACACAACUUCUUCAAGCAGCCAUAUGAGAUUGAGGAGCACAUUGCUUUACUGCGACAAGGAUACAAAAGCCAAAAUCCUUUUCCGUUUCAAGCUGAGAUGGAACUACUGGAAGAGACUGAACAGACUUUAUGCUUUUCACCAGAAUCAACAUCACCAGUUAUUGCUCAGGCAGUUCAGUAUUGGAGCUAUUCUGCUGCACACUGUUUACUCAGCUUUGUCAUACAUUACUGCCAAGAAGGAGUCAAACUUCUUACAGAAAAUUUGUUUGUUAGAAUCAGUGAUGAAAUGGAAAGCCUUGGCUACAAGUACACUACCAAAGAAUGUCGGCAGUACUACCAUUUGCUUAAAAAGAUUUAUAAAAAGAAAGUUGAGGCUCUUAAAGAAGGUAAAGACAUCUAUCAGCACUAUCCUUACAUGGAAAAGAUGCAAGAACUGGAGACUGUAUUGAACCAAACUGAAUUCACUGAAACAGAUGAUGUAUUCAUGAAGGUGGUGAGAGCAGCUUCAUCCAGUCUGGAAGAGAUUAAAGUAGCUGAUGAGAGGUCAAAGCGGAAGUUAGUGGAAAAGGUACUCGUGAAACUUAAGAUGCACUUGAUGCAGGAUAACUAUGUUCAUCCUCUGCCAUCUGUCAAGGCUAUUGCACUUAUUCUGUUGAAGUUUUUAAAGGAAAAGAGCACUAAUAUUACACAAGAUGCCUGUAUAGACUCAGGAAAGAUUACCUCAGUCUUACUUCCGUACAUGGAUAUUUUGACCUUAAUCUCACAAAACGGACUGCAAAGCAUACAUCAAGAAUCACAGCGGGAAACUGUUAGAGAAGCUAAGAUAAAGAAACAACUGCCACCUAAAUCUGGUUCCAUACAGUGGACAAGUGAUAAUAUAUGCAUUAUGCUGGAUACUGUGAAGGAAUGGCAGCUAUUGUGUCAUGAUAAUAAUGAAGUGGAAGCUGUUAGAGCAGGUGGUCAACCUCUCUGGAAUGAAGUAGCAUACAAAUUAAGCCGGCGAAUCAAGAAAUGCCCUGAUGUUUGUCAGCGAUUCUUCGUUGAUUUGUGUCAUGAGUAUGCAGAGUUUGAACUAUCUGAAGCAACUAAAGUCACAACCCCAACAUGGUAUGAAAAUAAAAAAAAUCGAGACCUUUUACACACUGUUGUCUCUCCUGUGGGGUCCUGUGAUGCUGAAUUUGAUACUCGAGAUGUAUGGUGGGUCAGUGAAGCUGGUGGUUGGAGCACCAAUGAAACAUUAGAAUUGCUCUUCACUGUCAGAGAGCUAUGGACAGCAGAACCUAGUGUGGAUUGGAAGUCGGUGAGUCUUCUAAUGAAAGCAGGAGGGCAUCAACGAGAGGCAAAAUGCUGUUACAUAAAAUUUCACCAUCUAUACAGUGGAUACCAAACAGCAUAUGCCUAUAAUAGAGAAUGUAGCAUCCGGGAGCGACGACGACCACCUUUCUAUUUCAAGAUCCACUCAUUGUUUGGCUACCAAGAAAUAAUUCCAGGGUACGAGUCUGAUUCCAAGACUAAUAAAGAUCAAGAUUUGGAUGUUGAUGAACAAGAAGUGAUUGAAAUAUUGUUGGCUGGAUUGAAGGACAUGAAGAAUCUUGCUUUUCACAGUGUUCCUCGUCUACCACUUCUGUUGUCUCUGGCGCAUUUCCUUGAUGACCAAUAUCAGCAUCUGCCCUAUGCCUUCACACCAUAUCAGGUCUGGCAUCUCUUGGUACAGCUUCACCAUGCUCAACGGGAGACUGUCCAAGAAGCUUGUGAGGGGCCAUUUGGUGCAGAUCUUGAUGGCUUGUGGCAAGAUCAUUCAAGCCCUUUAAUGGCUUAUGGUUUUCAUGCUGUGCCUGUCUCAGGAUGGCAGUCGAUCUCUGAUUGGAGUGAGGAGGAAUUAAAUAUGCUAGUCAAGACAAGCAUAGAGUGGAAGUUAAACUCACCUGAAGAUAUGUCUGUAAGUGAGGUAUACUGUGAGGCAGUCCAAAGCCUCAAUAAGACUAUUGAACAGGGCCUUCAGCAGUGGCAUUACAUGGUAAAUGUACUUAAACAUGGUGGAUACUGCCAAUAUAAAGAUAAUAUUAAUCUUGUUGAUGUGCUCCAGACUCAUUCUAAACAACAUGUGAGUGUUGGCAAGAGUAAAGAAAGUAAAGCAAAGUUUUGCGAGAAGAGAAAAGACAGUUAUUCAGCUGCUCCUCAAGUGAGUUCACAUAUAAGUCAGAAUACUUCACACCAUAAUAAAAAAGUAUCUCCUAAAUCAGCAACAAAUAAUAAAAGUGUUAUUGAGAGAGAAAAUUUUAGCAUCUCAUUGCUUAAGAGUUCUCAAGACUUUGAACUUUCAGAUACAACAGAAAAUAUAAAAAGCUCAAGUGAAAUACCAGAUGAUUUUACCACAGAAGGGAAAUUAAAAAAUAUCACUGUAACAACAAAUGAGACAGUAAACCAGAAAUGCACAAUCCAGUUAGGGAUGACAAACACUUCAGAGGAGAAGAAUGAAAUCCAAGUGGAAGUUUUGAGUAUUACUGAGAAUGAUGAUUCAAAAGUAAUAAUGUGUCAAGUAGAUAAGGGUCAACAAAAGAGAAUCAUAAAGCUCAAGUACCCAGCUAGACAUCCUUUCCCUGUUGAUAUCAAAUACAUUAAGAUUCCAAGGACGCUUAUAGAGCCUUCUUACAUAACUCUCCCUGGUGAGGACUCGCCUGAACUGAGAACCAAAAAAAAGAGUAGAGCAUCAUCUUACGGUACCUCAGGGUCCACGUAUAUAAGUCAAUGUAAAAUUAUUCCACAAUGUAUUAAGAAUAAUCUUGAAGAUGAAAUUCAAAGGGAUUUUUCUCUGACACCACAAAAAUGGCAGCUUUGUGAAUCUCUGGGGUCACAAACAAAAAGGCUUAGUGAAUCAUCAGUUGCACAGGUGAAAAAAACAAGACAAGAGUUAUCUCUGUUACAUAUGUUGAGGAAGAGGGAGUCUUCGAAAUUAAGAUUGAUGCUAAAUAGAGGAUCUCAGUUACAAUUAAAGAAGUCAAGAGAGUUUUUGCAUCUUCCACCUAAAAAUAAACUUGGUGAGGUGGUAUACCAACAAACAAAAAGUGAUAGUAUAGAACCUCCCCGACUGCCCUUCACAGAGAGGCUUGGAGAAUCUUCAGAUGUACCAUUGAGAAAGUUAAUUGGAUCUUCCCAAAAACAAGUGAAAAAACCUACUGGGUUUUUCCAGUCAAGAUUGCAGAAAAACUGCAUGUAUUUAUCUCAAGUGAAAUUAAAAAAUAAAAAGAAACGUUCAUUUAUUCUAUCCAUUCAGGAAAGAUCAGAAAAAUAUCAAGCAGUAAGCAAGUCUCAGCAGCAUAAAAAAAACCUAAGAAAGGGUCUUCCCGAUAAUAAAAACUCACAUCUCAUCUCUCACAGUAAAAAUGAACUUUGUACUGGCAUUGUAGGUUGUGUCAGAAAUAGAAAAAGAAAGGCAAAGCAAACAGUGAAUGAACAGAGAAAGACUGAUGAGCAUAAGAUGGAAGAGGAGACACCAGACCAUAAGAAGAAAGGACAGGGAAAAACAGAUACAAUAAAUUUGUUAAGUCAAUAUCAUCUCCAGUGUGAACACGAAAAAGAAAGACUAACAAACAUAUGUCAAGAGAAUUACCAGGAAGAAACUUCAACCCUAUAUAAUAUUAUGUCUCUUAUUAAAGAAAUUAAAUCUAAGUAUGGCUUAUAAAAUAUUUACUUACUGAAAAGCACACAUAAGAAAACAUUUUCUUUCUUUCAACACACUGACCAUAUCCCACCAAGGCAGGGUGGCCCAAAAAGAAAAAUGAAAGUUUCUCUUUUAAAUUUAGUAAUUUAUACUGGAGAAGGAGUUACUAGCCCCUUGCUCCUGGCAUUUUAGUCGCCUCUUACAACACGCAUGGCUUACGGAGGAAGAAUUCUGUUCCACUUCCCCAUGGAGAUAAGAGGAAAUAAACAAGAACAAGAGAUAGAAAGAAAAUAGAAGAAUACCCAGAGGGGUGUGUAUAUAUAUGCUUGUACAUGUAUGUGUAGUGUGACCUAAGUGCAAGUAGAAGUAGCAAGACAUACCUGAAAUCUUGCAUGUUUAUGAGACAGACAAAAGACACCAGCAAUCCUACCAUCAUGUAAAACAAUUACAGGUUUUCGUUGUACAGUCACUUGGCAGGAUGGUAGUACCUCCCUGGGCGGUUACUGUUUACCAACCUACUACCUAGGAAGAAAACAUUUAUUUUUAUUUAUCUACCAUAGAAGUGAAACAUAUUUCAUUGAUCAAAACUAAAAAAUAGGGGUGCGUCCAGCAGAUUGGCUGAAUCAGUUUGAUAAGAGGACAACAGAUGUACAGUGGCACGAAAAAAUAGAAAUAGCAGAAUUAAUAAAUCUCUUUUAUUUGUAAAAAUUCAUGUAGAAUCUGUAGCGGGGUAACCUUAGUCAGGGAGCUAAUCUGUUAAUGAGAGAAAGCAUUAACAUAACUUAAAUCUGACAAUGGAAUUUUUUCACAUAAUUUACUCUGUUCAAAUAGAAAUAAUCUUGAUAAAUAGCAAAUUUAAUGAAUUUAAUUUAAACUGUUUCACUGUAAAGAUGACAAUAAUGAAGUGAGCAUUGUGAUUAGAACUGUGCAGUUCUCAGUAAUUUUGCUGGGGUGAGCUACAACUGCUCAUGGACUAAGGUGCAAUAGUAUUCCAGUACUUUAGAUGCUCUCAGGAGAAGUAAACAUUUUUGGCCAUUGCCACUCACCCAAAUGUUUGUGACUGUUUAAUAACUUAAUUAACUUGUAUUUGUUUUCAACAAUAAAUAAUGAAAGAUGUAAA